AGUGGAGUUACUAUUUUCUUUGUGUAAAAAUAUAGUUUUUAAAGGUUCAAACUACCAGAAUUUUCAUACAACAAAUUGACAAUUAUAAAACUAAAUACGUGUAUUAAGGAUAAUGGAAUCCUUACAAGAAAUUUCUGAAUAUUUAAGCCCUAAUACCCGAUUAGAUGUAAAAGUCUGUGCACUAAACCACGUGCUCCGUGUGACGGCGACUACCGAUGGCCGAGAACUCUUGUUGAAGCUACCAGAAAUGUUGAUAAAACUUGUUACCUUUGUACAAGAUUCUUGUGCUGCCAUUAGCAAAUGUGCUGCACAAAUAUUAGUAAAUAUUACUGGAGAUGAAUCAGGAACUAAUGCAAUGUUGAUUAUUUCAGAGUCAAGUUACUCAACAGAGAUCAAUAAGUCUGAUUUGGUUACCCAAGAACCUAAUCAGAAUUUAAUAAAAGUUUGUUUGAGGGCUAUAAUGGAUAAAUCUAGUAUUAUAGCAGAUCUAUGUUGUAUGAUACUUUCUAAUAUGACUAGACCGUUUCAUUUAAUAGAUAGAACGAUAACACUUAUUGAACAAAGUGGUUAUUCUUGGGAUGAAAUAUUAUCUGUAUUUACUACAAAACAGUACAAUACUAAAGGCGAUAAAUUGCAUUAUCUUGGACCUGUUUUUAGUAAUCUUACUCGAUCGCCACGUAUAAGAAGGUAUUUGAUGGAUCGACAUCGUUACGUUAUUCAACGGAUCCUUCCAUUCACAGAGUAUUCUGACAGUCUAAUUAGACGAGGUGGUAUUGUUGGUACUUUAAAAAAUUGCACUUUCGACACAGAAAAUCAUGUGUGGUUGUUAAGCCCCGAAGUGGAUUUAUUAUCAUAUCUGUUAUUACCACUUGCUGGUCCAGAAGAAUUUGACGAUGAAGAUAUGUCUAAAUUGCCAAUUAAUUUACAGUAUCUUCCUGAAACAAAAAUUCGAGAGACUGAUCCAGAUAUAAGACUUAUGCUUUUAGAAGCAUUAAAUCAAUUCUGUGCAACAAAAGUGGCUAGAGAAAUGCUGAGAAAAGCAAAUACGUAUCUCAUACUUAGAGAGCUUCAUAAAUGGGAAAAGGAUAAGAACUGCUUAUUGGCAUGUGAAAAUGUCGUGGAUAUUUUGAUAAAAACUGAAAAAGAAAUCGGUUUGGACAACUUGAAGGAAGUAGAAGUGCCGUCUGCAUACACGGAGAUGUUCCAUAAAAUGGAUAAAGAGUUUAUUAGCAAUACAUAGUGCAAAAAAUUAUAUUAUAAGUACAUAUAGGAUGUAUCAAAAGUUCGGUAAUGGUCGAAUAUCUCAAAAGCAAAGAAUUUUUGAGAAAAAUGUUUCACACAAAAAUUGUAGGGUUUAAAGAGAUCUACUUACUGAUUACGUCCGUUUGACCUUGGAAUGCGUCGCCCAAGAUUCAGUUAAGGUCAAAUCGAUUUUUUUUAACGGAACCCCCCAUUUUUUAUUGUAUAUUCUUGUAGUUCACCUCGAAAGCUUUUCAAAAUACUACAAUAAAGUUCAUUUUCAUUAAGUACUUUUUGAGUUAUGAGGCUUAAAAGUUACAGUACCACCGGCGUUAG